AUGGGCAUUCUUAGAAGAGUCGCUGGCCUUACACGUCUCGGCAUGUCCGGAAUAGUGAUAUCUCGAAGAGCCUUGGUAUACAGCGUUUGCUUCUCCAGAUUGAGAAGUCGCAGCUGCGAUGGCUGGGGCAUGUGUUGCGAAUGCGUCCAGAAAGGAAGGCUAAGCAACUGUUCCUUGCAUAUCCGACCGUCUAAAGUCCAAGGAACGGCCAAGAUGAACCUGGUGCAAAUAUAUGAAAGGAGUCUGUUCCAGACUCCAUUUGUUUUUUGCCGAAGCUCAGACUCUGGCACAGGAUCGGGAACGUUGGAAGCACUGUCUGACGCGUCUGCCUCAUUUUGCCGAAGCUCAGACUCUGGCACAGGAUCGGGAACGUUGGAAGCACUGUCUGACGCGUCUGCCUCCGCGGACCCGAAAAGGAGAAGCGGCGAUGGAAGAUGA